AUGUCUAUUCUAUGCUUGUCUCCGCAUAAUCAACCAUCAGCAUCUGCUGAAGGUAUUCUACAAUCAAGGGAAGAAUGUUCUAUAGGCGUAGUAUAUUCUGUACAUCUUCCAACUUCGUCUGUACAACAUAUUCAAGACAUACCUAUAGUUACGUCAGAAGAAAUUGUGUUAGAAGAUAAUCAACCAUCAGCAUCUGCUGAAGGUAUUCUACAAUCAAAGAAAGAAUCUUCUAUAGGUGUUAUAUAUUCUGUACAUCUUCCAACUUCGUCUGUACAAUAUAUUCAAGACAUACCUAUUAUUACGUCAGAAAAAAUUGUGUUAGAAGUUAUUCCACAAUCAGUGUCUACUUCAAUUUCAUCAACCGAUAACGACAAUAUUCAUGAUGAGAUUGGCUCUUCCGAUGAUGCAGAUGCUGACUAUCUUCCAUCAGAUGAUAAGGAGUCUUUUGAGAAUGAAGAAAUGGAAAAUGACGAUGGUGAGGACGACAUGUUGGCUGAUCCUCCUGUUCUGAAUGAUGCUUCUAGUAAGAAAAAAGGCAGAGGAAGGUGUAAAGUAGAAGAGACAGAUAAAACAAGAAAACGAAAGAGAAAUCCAGAAAGUUGGUCAAGAAACAAGAGAAGAGAAGCCAGGGUUCAUGGAAAACCAUACAUAUCAACGAAAGAACAGUUUGUUAGUGGACGAUGCCUGAAGCCUGCUUGUACGUGUAGACUAAAAUGUAAUGAAAAAAAUUUUUCAGGAGUUGUACUUGUUAGAUGCUAA